CCAAAGUUGGAGCUGGAUGGGCUCGCCAUUCCUUACACUGCUUCGGUCCGAGAGUAUAAUCGUGGCCGGGCAGGGUACGUGGCGGAGGCCUUAGAGCAGCCCCUACUUCUUCCUCGGGACAUGGAGGCCUACAGGCGGUGCACUCAGUCCGAGCUCUUCCUAUCCCUUAAAAGGGAUCUCGCGCUGAUUACUCAGCAGGUCUUUGUGGCUGAGGAGUUUUGCCGUAAUAGCCGCAAUCUGGCUGAGGCUGAGACCCAGGCUCGGACAGAGGUGGAGAAAGCCUUGGGGUCCCUCAAGCAUGAUCACACUAAACUCACGGCUGAGUUCAAGGAUUCGGAGAACCGACGUAAAAGUGCAGAGGCUGGCUUGAAGAGUGCCGAGGAUCAGGCGAAGGACCAGCGCAAACAACUGUACACGGCUCAGCUUAACCUUAACACCAAGAGGCAGGCAGUGCAGGAUCUCAGGACUGCCCUGCAAAAGGUAGAGGAUGAGCUGAGGCUGGUAAAGGAGGAGGCCCAGCUGAUCCGAGAGGCCACAGAGGCUGAGAAGAAUGCUGCUCGCCAGCUCGGGGCCGAAGAGACGGAGGCCAGGCUGUCUGAGGAGAUCCCUGAGGUGUGCAGAGAGUACUGCGACAUUUCAUGGGCUUAUGCUCUCGACGCUGCAGGAGUUCCUGCGGAUUCGGCCCUAAGGCUGCCCGAGAGCAUCUUCUAUCCUCCGGAGAUCCGAACUAGUCCUGAUGAAGCCCAAGUCGCUUCGGAGCAAGACCUGGCGGUGCCUGAUGCCGUCCUUGUGUCUGAUGUGGCUAAGGAUCCUGCCACAGACUCUACCAUUGAGGUUCCUCCUCCUCAGCCCGAGCAGAAAGAAGAUUCUCCCGCUAAGGCUUAGCCCCCUCUUUUUUUUUUUUUUUUUUUUUUUUUUUUUUUUUAUGAGAGUUGUCUUGUUUUUUUCAUUCUUUUGUAAGGACCUCU